GAGAGCACACGUUCUCGGUUCUCGGUGAAGUGUCGCGACCAAUCUCUAACUUCUUCAGUCUACACUUCACAUCAGCAUGCCCAGCAGGUGUUGCGCACCUCGGUGCAGCGGGAAUUAACCCACUGGUCCUACAGUGGCUAUUUUAUCGUUCCCAAAAGAUGAAUCACUGGCACGUGAAUGGGUUAGACCUUAGAGCCAUAAAGAGUGACGAUUUAACACCUAAUCAGAGCAGCAGGGUGAUUAAAAUUUGCCUGCUGGCGGCCGCCUGCUUUGCUCUUCCAGGCGGCAGUGGCGGCGGCUCUGGUGGUGGCUAUGGAGGGGGCGGCGGCGGUGGUGGCUUUGGAGGAGGCCAUGGAGGUGGCGGCGGUGGUGGCUUUGGAGGCGGCGGCGGUGGUGGCUUUGGAGGCGGCCAUGGAGGUGGCGGCGGUGGCGGGGGUGGUUAUGGGGGCGGAGUGGCUGUACCAAUUCCCUACAACUUCGAUUACGGCGUCUCAGCGGGUAACACAAACUUCGGCCACAGCGAGAGCGGGGACGGCCGCGGCAGCGCUCACGGCGGCUACUGGGUCAACCUUCCCGACGGUCGGGUGCAGAACGUCAACUACUGGGCUGAUGGCAGCGGCUACCACCCCGUGGUGACGUAUCAGGGGACCGCCGUCUUUCCUAGCAGCAAAGGUGGCGGCUACUACUGAAGCGGACUGAGUUUCUUAAUUUUUGAAGGAGGAUUGGAGGAAAUUAACAUUAAAAAUUCUGUAACAAACUUCAACACUCGUAAAUAAAGGACUGUAGGCGA